AUGAUGAUCUCCUUGUUUCUUCUAAGUAUCUACUGUUCACUUUUUGCUUUCUUCCUCGCACCGGUUUCUGCUGCUGACGACGAAGACCCCUUUGACCUGUCCUUCUACACGAAAGGUGCCGCAAUUGGUGAUUCAUAUACUGCUGGUAUUGGAGCGGGCAACGAAGAAAAUUGGAGUUGCUCUCGAUAUGACGGUUCAUACGCAAGCCUAGUAUCACUCCAACUAGGAGUGGAUCGCAAUAAGCUGGACUUCACGUAUACUGCUUGUAGUGGUGCAGUUGUAGACGACAUAUCAAAACAGGCCAAGGCGCUCUCUAGUGGCCAGGAGUUCGUCAUUAUGUCUGCGGGAGGCAACGAUGCCAAACUUUCCGACAUCCUGAACUCAUGCGUUUACAGUUUCUAUGGAGGCUUGAGCCAUCCUAGUUGUGAGAAAGCCCUCGAAGCCUCGCGGUCUAUAAUCGAGGGCAACCAGUUCGCUGCCAAGUUGGAUGCACUAAUUGAGCUCGUCAAAUCGAAGCUGACGCCGAACGGCAACAUAUACUACGCCGGUUAUGCAAAGUUCUUCGAUGCUACCGACAAUACUUGUGAUAAGGUUUCCUGGCAUGUGUGGCUCAACUUGUUUACCAGAGAAUAUCUGACCAAGGAUCGUCGAGAGAAGAUGAACUCCCUGGUAGAAGCGAUGAACACUGCCUUAUCCUCUGCAGUCCAGCGAGCAGGCCCUCAAGUUCACUUUAUUGACUAUGACAACGACGUUGGUGUCUCGAGAGGCAGGUACUGUCAACCUGGUCAAGAUGAGAAUAGUGGUCGAGGAGCCAAUUUGGAGGAUCUCUUCUUCUACGAAAUGAAAUUGCUGGACUCGCCAUGGUUGGAUGUCGGCGAUGCCAUUUACCACGACGAGCUGAAGCGAAGUCUCAUCGAAGAAGAUGACAUCCUUCCCACGAAUGACACUCUAGGCGGCAUGUAUGGCGCUUUGAUGCAGAAAGCGAUCGAGAGAGUGCCAAUGACGGACAGGAUGGGUAUGCUGCUGUACAAGACGAUAACGGGAAUAUCGAAAUCGAGGAUGAGGUUAAAGACGCAGAAUCGAGCCUUCUCAAACGCUCACAAUGUCAGUCAAGGCCCAGUCCUUGGCUCUAAAGUAUCUCUCGGAAAUUCCCAGGCUCCUUCCUCGUUCAUAUCUGGACACACGAACAUGCAUUUCGCAAACACCACAACCUUGAAUAAUGGAUCGUCUAUGGGCACUGUGAUUGCCAACCGGACCCAUGUCUUGUUUGGAAACAAGGCAGUGGCGAGAAUCAACAUCAAGAAGUUGUUUGUUGGUGACGAAACCUCGAGGGUGUUCCAUCCUACCCAGGGCGGACAUGCUCUGAUCGCGAACAUGAUCCUGUGUCAGAUGGCAGCAGAUAAUGCUCGACGACUAGGUGAGAAUACACUACAAGAUCUCAUCGGUAUUGCAUCAAUCCCACCAAUGAUCUCCUACACAACAGGCGAUGGCUGGCCUGACCUACCAGGCGCUGCCUGCAAUCAAGAUUCGACUGAUACCUGGGCUGGACGAGAUGCCAUGAUUUCGGCCGUCAAAGAUUUUUGUGCAGAUCCGCAUAACACAAGAGGGUCAAAGGGCGCUUUGAGCAGUGCAACCUUCGGCUCAGAGUUUGACUACAUGAAUGUAUCUAUAAGCUGGGAGAGCGACGAUACCGCCGUCAUCAGCGAACAUAGUUGCUCAACAUGGCUUGAUAUCGUGACAGAUGGCUGCAACGUCCCUCAACCCGGCCAGAGCAACGACAAGCACGGCGGCUUGAUUGGAUACACCAACACCAAGCUGAACGCCACCAUGAAGAUUGAGCCUCUCGUCAUGAGAAAGAUAUGGGAUGGCGGUCAGGCUGGCGGUCAACAAUGCAACGGCAUCGACACGAACAAUUAUCUCGAUCAAGAGAGUCUGGCAUCUAAUAUUGACGACUUCUGCGCAAAGUCAGCUGGGCAGAAUAUUUCAGAGUCGGACUCGACUUUUUCGCAGGUGUACAACGACGGCACGCCAGAUCGAGUUGAGUUGUCGACGUACUGGCCCAAGGGUGACCGCAAAUACGAGGUCUUCAAAGAAGAAUGUCUUUACUACAUGAACGUCAUCAACAACGGCUGCAGCCUCCCCGGUGACGACAACAAGAUGAGUUGGAAGCACGGCGGCAGCAUCUCCGACAAUAACAACAUAUCGUACAAGAUCUCACCCACACAAGCCCGACCACCGCCCCCCAGUGCUCCCGUCGGUCACUGCAAAUCCCAGUAUUGGGGUGUUUUGUACGCCAUCAACAUCAAAGGAGGCGGGUUUUUGAGCAGCGAUCAUGGCGCUGCUUUGGAACGCGAGUUUCAAAAUUGCGGUGCCACGACCCGGUUUACCUUCAACUACUUUGAUACGCCUGCAGAGGAUGGUACGGAAUGGAGUGUGUUUGGACAGUUGCCAAUAACGAUCUCGUCUCAUUGUGCAAGGAGGGCUAUAAGGAGAGUCGGCGGAUUUGUCAACAAUCAGUGUUAG